AUGGGCUCUGAUGUAAAAGUUGUUACACAGAAGGUUAUUCAGAUCAUUGGCUUUGUUAACACUCUCACAAGUUACACUGUUGUUGGCACUGCUCUCGGCCCCACCUUAACUGUGGGUGUGCCGGCAGUUGGCCCUGGUGUCUCUCGGACAUUGUUUUCACCAGGCCACCAGAGUAGAUCCACUGAAGUCAGGCCCCAGGACUGCAGUAAUCAUGGAUCUGGACCUGCUGUGGGUGCUACGGGGACAGCUCAGAUUCUGGCCUGCCCCAACCCCCCCAUGUGUACGUGCCCACAAAGCCUACAGCUGCUAAAGCUGGACCCAUCUUGGCUGCAGGAGCGCUCGUCCGUUCAGAUGUUCCAUAGGCUAUCUGGGGGUAUAAAGGAUUUUAGCACUUGUAGCUUGGAUGACUUUAAAUAUUUUGCUGCACAUUCUGGCCUUGAAUGUCUUCAUAAAAUCCUUCCCGUUGGGCCAGUUUACAAACAGAGGAAGAUGUGUGGCAAUGGAAAGUUGGAAUCGGGUGAAGAAUGUGAUUGCGGCACUUUACAGAAUUGUACACAUCCAGACUGCUGUGAUCCUAGAACAUGUACAAAGAAAAAAAAUAAAAUAUGUGGUGCGGGGGAAUGCUGCACACAAGAUUGCAAGAUAAAACCAGUUAAUACACCUUGUAGGCAACCAGUUGAUGAAUGUGAUUUUCUAGAAUUCUGUGAUGGGAAUAACGCACACUGUGUGCCUGACACUUAUGCACGUGAUGGACAGAGUUGUGAUUCGGGCGACUCUUUCUGUUAUAAAGGACGAUGUCGGUCGUUUACCAGACAGUGCAGAAAAUUAAUUGGAGGAG